AUGACAGGCGACGCCAGAUCGCUUCUACGAGCCGUUGCCAGCGAGCGCGCCAAACUGGGCGCAUCAGGCGUCUCGGACGCUUUCGCCUCCUACUCUGCGAAUGGAGGUCUACGAUGCUCGGCUUGCGACUAUCUUGCCAUCAAGCACGAGAGCCUGUGGGGAGCACAUGUGCUUAGCAAAAGCCAUCGAACUAACGUCGCUCGAAUCCAUAAAGAGGAGCAAGUGCGCCAAGCCGAACUUGAACGCACCAAGGCUGGGAAACGUAAGGCGACGCAGGGAGACGGAAGAGAUGCUUCGCCAUCGGAUGCUGCUGCGGACGCAACUCAUGCACGUUCGACGCUAGCAAGCAAGAAAGCACGCGCAGACACGGAACAAGUAGUGACAGAUACACCGCCAACGCUUGAUCCUGAAUGGGAACUUUUCAAGUCACAGGUGGAAUCAAUCGAGCCUGAUCUAGACCAUCCAAGCGACACUCCAAUAGCGGGUGCUGCGCUAGAAGCGGAACCGCAGUUGAUAUCACAAGACGAUCUUGAUCAACGACAUGAUACAGAUGCUGUUCUUUGGGAGAAAAGCGCAGAAGAGCUGGAAGCAGAAGAGAGAGCACGUAUCGAGCAACAGGAGCGCGAAGAGAUCCUCUCACGCAUGGAAGAGGAGCAACGCCAGCAGGAUGAAGCAGACCAGCGCGUCUCGGCGUUGAAACAGCGUCUGCAGCGUCUCAAGCAAGCACGUCUGGACCGGCAAAAAGCAAACAAGAAGGCAUAG